AUGCAGUCGUUUACCUUUAGUGACCCAUACUGUAAGAUACUUUUGUACAAAAACAACAGGACAACCAACUAUCUGUGUCCUCCUGUACAGACUAAAACAAUAAAAAGGUCCUUGAAUCCCAUUUGGAAUGAAGAAGUGAUAUUUCGGGUUAAUCCUUUUGAGAACCGCCUAGUAUUUGAGCUCUAUGAUGAGAACCGCCUGACGCGUGAUGAUUUCUUGGGAGUUGUCACGGUUUCCCUUCCUCAUUUGGAGAUCGGGACAGAGGAAACCGGGCAACGUCUUGUGCCUAAGAGUUUCAUGCUCCAUCCACGGAGUUCCAGAUCACGUGUCCGUGGAAAUCUACACUUGUAUCUUGUCUAUCUUCCCGAUCACAUAAACCCACGCAUCACGACAAUACAGGAAUUGCCACCUCCGCGAUUGCCCGUUGAACCAAAUUCGCCCACAACCCCCGAUCUCCUCUCAUCCUCACAACCUCGUCCCAGUUUGGAACAAGUGCAACCGAAUCUGCCGGAUGUUGCCGGUUCCGACCUCGCUGAAUCCCCUCCCGCCUUUGGCGGUGGUCGGGGCAGUGACGCUGGACGGGAUUCCAUCUUGGGUGCUUCCAGUGCUCUUUCGUUGGAAGAUACCUCUUCGGUGGAGCUGGUGGCCGAUCCAUUACCUCCUGGUUGGGACGAACGAGUGGACCAAAAUGGACGCACUUACUACGUGGAUCAUGUCAACCGGCGAACGCAAUGGGAUCGUCCUUCUUUUCAGCUACCCGAAGGCUGGGAACAGAGAACUGAUGCAAACGGCCGUGUCUAUUAUGUGGAUCACAUCAACCAUGUGACGACUUGGUACCACCCACUUUCCGAGGCGGCUCGUGUCCAUUCUACUCCAUCGCGUUCUUCUCUAGACGCGGGAAGUUACAGCGAUGCAGACAGUCAUCACAGUGCAGAGGAAAACGCUGUGGUUGAAGAUACCGAAAUGGUCGAAGCGGGUUCACCCAGUUCGGCACCGUUGGUCAACUCCACCGGUCCUUGCGGCUCAGCAUCUCCAGCUCUUGUUGUUUCUGAUAUGCGCGACUCCAGACGCAGAGCUCACCCGAUACGACGAAGUUUCACUAUGGCCGGUGGAGGUUCUACGGAACCUGCGCGUUCAAGACAAACCCGUCCUAGUCUAGCCAACCAAGCGAUGGACGAAGUUCGUGCUGCUCAAACCAUGUACUUACGUCGACGACAAGUUAGCCUGGAAGACACUUUGUCCCAUUCUCCAACAGACGGUCCCGAGGCAAAAACACCGGCUGAACAGUUACAGACUAUUGGGCAGAAAAGCAAAACUCUCAUAUGCAUCUUGUUCACAACACUGAAUAUCCACCUUCUCCUUGAACGCGCCUACCUGAACUUUCUUGGAUAUUCAUUGACUGUUACUCAGAUGCAAGCAAGUGCUACAAAGCGACUCCACAAAUUCCGUAACAGAUCUCACUUUUCAAGAGACGCGAAGCGGAUUUAUGAGAAAACAUACUACUCGCAUGCCCCAUCAUAUCUCUUACCCAUAUAUCGUAGAGAUUGUGCAUGCGUGAGGAAUAUAAUUUGGGUGGAGUGGACAAUGUCGUCUCCUUUGAGCCCACAAAAAAGGGCGAGGUGGCCCAAGUGGUUAGAGCGCGAAUUUACUGACCGGAAGGUCUGUGGUUCGAAUCCGACCUCUGCCUCUCGACUUCCCCUGUCUAGGCUUGGGCAACCUGGCAGUAUCCCAGUCCUCGUGCUUCCUUCGGGUGGCAUGGCAGCUAGGCACCGAAAGGGUGUUACAGCUGAACGCUUUCUUUCUGAGCCCAUAAAACUAAAGACUCGGUCCUUCUGGAAUUCCACAAGGACCAUCCUUCUAGCCCUUUCUAAUCAGGAAACGACUCCGUCUUCUCAACCAAGCACGUUAACCCCCAGGCGGGAUGAUCCCGAACCGGACGAUGAGCACACUACCGCCGUCAGUCCGGACGCCGCCAGCUCAGGUGUUGCCGCCCAACCCGAAGAUGAACCAGGCAAUCAAACGGAACAACGAACCGCAUCCCCACGAUCGAACGCCCCCCAACGACCUUCCAGUGCCUCAGAGCAAGGAAUCGUUCUGGGGAUUGGUGUUGAACCUGGUGAAGAAGCGCUUCCAGCCGGCUGGCAAGUCGCCCGUACCGCUGGUGGACGCCGGUUUUUCAUUAAUCAUAAUGAACAGCGCACAACAUGGGAUGAUCCUCGUACGCAUCGCUCUACGAGUCAAGGUAACGUUGGCUCUUUGUUGAAGCAGGAUGCUGAGCGGCAUUCAAUGAAAGACUUGGGACCGUUACCGCCCGGCUGGGAAGAGAGGGUCCAUACCAAUGGUCGAAUUUUCUAUAUCAAUCACAACGCCCGUACAACUCAGUGGGAAGACCCAAGGCUUGAACGGCUUGGUGGCCCAGCAGUUCCCUACUCUCGAAACUACAAACAAAAGUAUGAUUUCUUCCGUUCCCGAUUACGAAGUCCCCGUGAUCCACAGGCCAAACUGGAGCUCCGGAUCGCACGGCCCACCAUUUUCGAAGACUCGUUUCGUCAGAUUUAUGGAAUCAAGAAACCGGAGUAUCUCAUGCACCGGUUAUGGAUCGAGUUCAUGGGUGAGAAGGGACUGGAUUAUGGUGGUGUACAGCGCGAAUGGUUCUUUCUUCUUUCUCGGGAGAUGUUCAAUCCUUACUACGGUCUGUUCGAGUAUUCCGCAGCUGACAACUAUACAUUACAAAUCAAUCCACUUUCUGGCGUGGCCAAUGAGGAUCACUUAAAAUACUUCAAGUUCAUAGGUCGCGUUGUUGGAAUGGCUGUCUACCAUGGCAAACUCAUCGAUGGCUUCUUCAUCCGCCCGUUCUACAAAAUGAUGCUCGAGAAGACUAUCACGUUGAAGGAUAUGGAGGCCGUCGAUUCCGAGUACUACCGCAGUCUCAAGUAUAUCUUAGAGGAAGAUCCUUCCGUUUUGGGACUGACUUUUUCCGUUGAUGAGGAACACUUUGGCGAGACAGUGGAGGUUGAUCUCAUUCCAAAUGGUCGUCAAAUCCCGGUGACAAAUCAGAACAAGAAACAGUACAUUGAAUGUAUCAUUAGCUGGCGCUUUGUUUCUCGCAUCAAACCUCAAAUGUGGGCGUUUCUGGAUGGAUUCAAGGAUUUGGUCGAUUUGGAAGCGCUCAAAAUAUUCGAUGCGAAUGAACUGGAGCUUCUAAUAUGCGGUCUACAAGAUAUCAGUGUGUCUGACUGGAAAGCGAACACGUUGUACAAAGGGGAAUAUCAUCCAAACCAUCCGGUGAUAGUGAACUUUUGGAAAGCGGUUUAUACAUUCACCAACGAGCUUCGCAGUCGACUCCUACAGUUUGUUACAGGAACUUCUCGUGUUCCAAUGAACGGUUUUGCCGAGCUUUGGGGAUCGAGUGGUCCACAAAAGUUCACCAUUGAGUGUUGGGGCACUACGGAGCAACUUCCUCGAGCGCACACAUGCUUCAAUCGGUUGGACCUACCUCCUUACUCCUCAUUCCGCGAGCUGCGAUGCAAGUUGAUUAUUGCGAUCGAGAAUGCCGAAGGGUUCGAAGGUGUUGACUGAUGACUUUGUCAUCCUCUUCCCACACCACGAAUCAGCUGCUGUCCAUAUGGAUUUAUCCGCUGCACACCGAUUUCAGUACAACUAUGCUUGUACAUUUACGUGUGGCAACCGGCGAUGAUUCCUAGACUUCUUUACAUACCGCUUGUCACAAUUUCAUUGCUCUUUGCUGAGCACGAACGUCGGUUUAUUUUUGACGACAUGUAAAACUAGUCUGCAGCCCCGUUACUAUUUAUAACAUGGACGACCAACUUACUAGACUUGUUCGAACGCCCCGUCCCACCUAUAGAGAUUCUGUGGCUUUUCUCCUUUGUUCAAUAUUAUCCGUGAUAAACUCAUCCUCAGACGUUUGAUCAUGAUAGGUCUCAGUCAGUUGACUAUGCAUGCCCUCCUGUUCCCCCGAUUUGUUCCUGACAUCCUGUGUCGAUAAAACCACUUUGACUCUUUGCCACCCCUUCUCAGAAUUUACUCCACAUUUGGGCGUACAGCCAGCGGUGGCAAGGUGAUUUAUUUGUUAAUAUAACUGCUA